UGAAAUACACACAAUGGCAGCUGACCUAUAGACAUAUUUGUGUUUGUUUUUAUAAAAGAAAAUUAAAAUUGUUUGUGAAAAAAUGGCCGGUCGAAGUAAAUAUGAUGAAGUGAAAUAUUUUGUAUUAGAAUGUAAGAAAUAUGUGACGGCGAUUCAAAAUUAUACUGGAGACGAUUCAUUGGCACCUUGGUACGACUAUUUACUAUGGAUGGAAGAGAAUUUCGUAAUUGAUUUCCAGAAUGAUACGAUUUUUCAUGAUAUUUUGGCAAAAUGUUUAUGCCAAUAUGAGAGCGAGAGGAAAUACAAGCAGGAUCGACGAUUAAUUAAACUUUUUAUCAAAUUUAUAAUUGUCCAGGAAGAACAAAACUUGCAUUAUGAAACGAUGAUAUCGAACGGAUUUGGCACUGAGGUGGCCGACUUGUAUAUAAAUUGGGCCUUUCAUUUUGAUGUGAACUCAGAUUUUCACAAGGCCGAAGACAUUUAUCAGCGUGGCUUAAGAGUUCGAGCCAAGCCAUUGGAGCUAUUGGAAGCGGCUCAUAAAGAAUUUGGCUAUUCGAUGUCACAACGAAUGCUUCAUCAAGCGAACGAAAAAUUUCAACUUGAACUGCAAGAACAAAUGCAAAUACGAUUCAACGAAAUAGCAGCACUUCGAAUCGACAAAACCGCACCAAAAUUUACCAAAUCAGCAGCAUUACAAAUGAUCGAUAAAGAUGAAUUGAUGAGUAUUUGCAUACCAUUUUUUGGGGCAAUAGCGACUCAAACACCAGAAAAACAACAAAACACAUCGGUCGCUAAGAAUAUCAUUGACAGUGCUCGGAAGAUAAUCGAUAGUGCACGAAAAAUACGCCGUGAAAAAAGUCGCAAACUAAUCACGUCCGCUUGUCGAUUGGAUUUCAAUGAAAACGCAUUUGAACCGACACAAGUGGAGAAUUCAUAUGAACGGGGCAUUCAAUUGGGACGAAACUUCAAGUCAAAGAAUCUCCCACAAAGCAAACCACCGCCCAUUUUCUAUAACGAUGAUAUGAUCGAUAAAUUUCGUGGUGAAUUACCGUCGUAUGAUAAAAUUAUUUUGAUUCCUCGCACAAACCUCGCCUUUUCACCCGACGAGUUUAAAGCAUAUAAUUGGUUCAAAAAACAGGGCAUUGUGAAUGAUUUUACAAAAGAACAAGAUCAAUUCUGGGGCAUCGGAUAUGAUGUACCCAUUCGUUGGGCAAACGUUUUUCCACGAAAAAAUUGGCCACAAUCGGAAUGGAUUGUGCCACGUAUUUCGACGGUUGAAUUCGAAAGUGGCCCGCAUAAAUUCAUGUGUCAUUUGGCUGAACUUUAUCCGAGCAAUUCAAGUGAAGAAUUUUCUUUUGAAGAAAUUAUGUGGCGAAAACGUAAAGCCAAAACAAUAAAAGCAGUUCAACAUAAGAGAGAAAAUAGUAUAUUGAAAUGUAGUCGCAUACUAAAUCGAACAAACAGCACCGAUCAAAGUAAAUUGUCGCCAAUUAUUGAAAUGGAACUGUCCGGCUUUGGAAAUGAAUGGACGGCAGGACCACAAAAACGACGAGAGAGUCUACAACGAAAUACAACAGAGCCAUAUAAAAAACGAAAAUCAUCAAUUUUUCCAACAUUUGACGCAUUGAAUGACACCUGUACAACGCAAAUGUUUAGCAAUUUAUUACAUGGCUCAGCGAUAAGUACACCAAAAACAAAAAUGCCCAAAUUUGACGUCCAAAGUUGGCUGGAUGAAACCAAAAUGAAAUUAUUCAAUGAUCAAUCGUCCGAAAUAGUGUCUGACGUGAAUAAACAAGUGGAAAAAGUGAACAAAGCCAACAAUCAACCAAAUGAUGCGGGUUUUGCGAUAUAUGAAGAUAGAACGAUGACAUUGCAUGGCAUCAAAAAUGCAACGCGUAAAGAUACGAUGAACGAUUUAACCAUUGGAAACAAAGAAAAUAUAGUUUUAGCCGAAAAUCAGCAGUUGAAUGUGGAUCAAUCGAAAUUCGAAUCGAAAAAGUGUGAAUCGACUGUGAUGAACUCAACAGCACAACCGAAUGAAAAACGAAAUGAGAAAGACACUCUUCAACCAUCGAAAGACUUUCAAUUCAAUAUUUAUACGGAUAAAACUGACACAAUGUUGAAUGCAAUUGAAAAUGCACGAAAAUUAUUUGAUUGUGAAUUAUCGAUUCAAAAUAAAGAAAAUAUCCAAACGGAAUCGAAUAGUGAAAAGGGAAUUUCUACGACGAAUAGAAUGAACGCUACGAAAGCCGAUGUCGAAUCGAAAAAUGUCACCAAUAAUAAUGUAACACAUCUAAGUCAACAGUCGAUUUUUAAAGAACCAAAACUUCCGCCGAAGAAAACCGAAUCGGGUCAAAGGCCAAAUGAGACAACAUUCUUCGAAAUAUUGGACACAACCGAAGAAUUUGAACAGCUUGAAGCACAAUGUGCCAACUCACCGAAUCUGAUACAAAAAUCAGAUGAUUUGGCACCAUUGGAGCACAGUUUCGCCAAAAAUGUCAUCAUUGGAGCAGCCAACAAGAGUAAGUUCAAUCAUUCUAAUCGCUUAAGCAUACAGAUUACUGAGACAGAGCGAUUGCAUAUACUUAACAAUCCAUCAGUUAACGACCGAACACGAUUGAAUUGGACACAACAGCCAUCGAUAUGGGAACGGCCGACGGAAGAAAUUCCAGCACCACCACUAGUUGAUGAUAGCAGCGAUGAUGACGUCGAUAAUGAAUGUAUUGGUCAAAGCAUUUACAUCAAAGAACCGGAAUUGGAAUUUAAUGAAAAAGAUGCCGAUUGGAAAGAGGUGACGAUAUUUUUGGCCGAUACUACUGCAACAAAUGACUAUAAACUGGAAGAAGUUCAUUUGGAUGAAACACGACAUCGUUUGGAUACAUACACACAAUCGAUAAAUAUGAAAGAAUUGAAUCCAUUCGAUCCAGAAUUGCAGAAAGACGUUCUUACCGCAAUCGGUUUUUUAGACCAAUUGAAUGGCGCCAACAAUUUUAAUUGUACACUAAUGAAUAUAGUAAAACCAUUGAAACCAAAAUCAUCCAUUGAAAUAAAUAAGCGAAAAUAUCAAAUACGAAAGUUGAUCGGAAGCGGGGCAUUUGGAAAAGUAUUUUUUUGUGAAUGCACAAAAACCAAAGAAAUGUUUGCAUUCAAACAGCAAAGGCCGCCAAAUUUAUGGGAAUAUUAUGUGUGUCUUCAAAUUCAUGAACGUCUUAUGGACGAGAGUAUUCGAAACGGAUUUAUGACGAUCGAUUUUGCCGUUAUCGGCAAUAAUGCAACGAUAUAUGCAUCGAAGUUUUCAAAAUAUGGCACCAUUCUGAAUGUAUGCAACAAAGUAAAACAAGAGACCAACAAAAGUAUCGAAGAGUGCAUUGUGAUGAUUCUAGUAAAACAAAUGCUUACCAUAGUGGAGACGUUUCACAAAUUGAAUUUCAUCCAUGCCGACAUCAAACCCGACAACUUUUUGCUAAUGGAUAAACUAAGCAUGAACUAUGAACAUCCCGAUAUAGUGCUGCAGCUCAUUGAUUUUGGUCAAUCGAUCGAUAUGAAUUACUUCUCGCGUCAUGUCUUUUGGGCCAAAGUCAAAACAGAGAAUUUCAUUUGCACUCAAAUGAUGGAAGAUAAUCCAUGGACAUUCCACUGUGACCUGUUCUGUCUGGCUAGUACUAUCUACACAAUGGUGGCUGGCAAAUAUAUGGUCGUAUCUCGUCGCAAACCAACCGAUCCGUAUAAACCACAAAAACUACCGCGAUAUGUAAAUGCUAAAUUGUGGGAUGAAAUCUUUGACACCCUCAUUAAUGUACCUAAUAAUGUAUUUCGUCUACAAAAAAUGCCAUCGCUAUCGAAAUUAAGACAGUUACUAGACAAUGAAUUGAACGCAAUAGGUGCGAAAAAAGUGACUGAAGCCAUUGUCAAAUUCAAUAAAGCAUUAGAUUAGAUAAGCAUCACAUCAUAUUUAACCGUUUUUGUAUACAAAAGGACAUUUAAUAUAAAAUCUUUAAUAAACUAAUAGAUCUGUGUAAGCGUGAAA